CUUUUGAGCUGUCUUACUGCGGUCACCGGCAUUUGAAGUUUAGCUCUCUUGCUCAUCGGUUCACCGAAUAAGGGGCUGUAGAUUAACAGUAUUCAUUUUUAAAACCCUUAUUUGUUUGAUCUGACAAAAUGCGGGUCAUUGCAACUUUUAUAGUCUCUUGUCUUUUGGCCUUAUCGGCUAACGCCGACUCGGUGGUAGAUCUUGUCGAUGAUGAUUUCGAUUCCAAAUUAAGUUCUUUUGAAACGGCCCUGGUCAUGUUUUACGCUCCCUGGUGUGGUCAUUGUAAACGCCUAAAACCUGAAUUUGAAAAGGCAGCCUCGUUGCUGAAAAGUAAUGACCCUCCAAUUACUCUUGCAAAGGUUGAUUGCACAGAGGGUGGAAAGAGUACCUGUAACAAGUUCAGCGUACAGGGAUAUCCAACUCUGAAGAUAUUUAAGAAUGGUGAAAUAUCCAGCGAGUACAAUGGCCCGAGAGAAUCUGCUGGAAUUGCUAAAUUCAUGAGAGCACAGGUUGGUCCAAGUGCCAAGGAAUUGCUGAAUGUCAAAGCCACUGAAGAAUUCCUUGCAAAAGAGGAUGUUGCAGUAGUAGGCUUCUUUGCAGAUGAAGCGAGUGAGCUGAAGAGUGUGUUUUUGAAGCUGGCUGAUAAACUUAGAGAAUCUGUCAAAUUUGGUGUUACAAGCAACAAAGAUGUCAUUGCAAAAUAUGGUUACUCAGACAAUGUUGUUCUUUUCCGACCUAAGCAUUUGCAUAACAAGUUCGAGCCUGAUUUUGUUGUUUUUGAUGGAGCUGCAACCAAAGAAGCCAUCAACAAUUGGGUGGAGAAGGAUUUUUUUGGCCUGGUUGGUCACCGCACUGUCGAUAAUGCUGCCCAGUUCAAAGAACCCAUUGUUGUUGCAUAUUUCGGAGUCGAUUAUGUGAAGAACCCCAAGGGAACAAACUACUGGCGUAACCGUAUCCUCAAAGUUGCCCAGUCCUUCCGUGGCGACUUCAGUUUCGCCAUCAGCAACAAAGAUGACUUCCAACAGGAGCUUAACGAAUUUGGGUUGGAUUAUAUCAACGAUGAUAAACCUCGUGUUGCUGUUCGUGAUGCUUCCAGCAGAAAAUUUGUCAUGAAAGAUGCUUUCUCGAUUGAAAACUUGCAGAAAUUCUUGAAUGACGUUAAAGAAGGUAAAUUAGAGCCUUAUAUGAAAUCGGAAGCCAUUCCCGAAAACACUACACCAUUGAAAACCGCUGUUGCUAAGAAUUUCAACGAAGUAGUCAUCGAUAACGGCAAGGACACGUUGAUUGAAUUCUACGCACCUUGGUGUGGUCACUGCAAAAAGUUGGGCCCGAUUUUCGAGGAGGUAGCCAAUGCUCUGAAAGACGAGGAUGUAGCUAUCGUCAAGAUGGAUGCCACAGCUAAUGACGUGCCCAGCAAAUUCGAAGUCAGAGGUUUCCCUACCCUCUACUGGCUUGCCAAAGAUGACAAGAACAACCAUGUUCGUUAUGAGGGUGGUCGCGAAAAGGACGAUUUCAUUAAAUACAUCGCUAAGCAUGCCACCAAGGAGUUGAAAGGCUGGGAUCGCUCUGGAGCACCUAAAGACUUAAAGGAGCUGUAAGGAGCUCAAUUCAAUCCAGUCCUAUAAUCUCGUCCCAGCCGUGUUACACAAGUGUUAGGGCAUAUUUCCAUAUUCCCAGUUUCUAAAAAAAAAAAAGGAAAAAAAAAAAUAAAAAAUAAAAACUACAUCUAUUGAAACUUGUUCACUCCAAUGGGGUUACAUGUCUGAUUUGCUGGUACGAAUUUGUUAAACGUAUUAUUGCAGCAGUUGUAGGUUCAUGAGACCUGCAGUGGGAAUGUGGAAUCAAAUAAAUCAAGUUUGUGAUAACUAA